UUGGUGUGUAUAUUCUUGUUGUACAGGAACCGUAAAGGAGCCCUACGUCCGGUGAGAUGUAAACUCCCAGCAAUCAUGGCGGAGGGUUCAAGCAAAGCUUUGGAUGACGUCACACCACCUGCUGAAGAAAAAGAAGAAGAAGAAGAAGAAAUAGUAACUCUUGAUUUUGAUGACGACACUUUGACAGGUGAGCUUAGUGCGGCUUUCUUUUCAAGAUGAGUCUUCGUAAUCAUGUUUCCUGUGUUAUAACCUAGGUAAGUUCUGCUUAAUUUGUUUUCUUUAGCUUUUUUCCUUCUCUUUGAAGUUAUUUCGGGUAAGAUUUCUUUCUUUGAUGCGGGCACUUCGUAAUGAAAACAGUCUGAAGUGACGAGAUUUGUUAUUUCGCAAUAUUUUCAACAGGAGGUUCUUCCACUUCGUGUACCAGAGCCCUUUUGAAAGACAGUUUGUGAAGAUAAAGAAGAUAAACUUAUUUUAUCCCGGCCCUUUUGUUUUCAAAUACCUUGGCCACAAUCGAUGGUAGUUUUCAAUUUAAUGAAUGCUGCUUAAAUUGUUUUGUUUCAGCGAUAGUUGAAGUUUACAAGAAUGAAGGUAACGAGGUUUGCUUAAAGGGAGAUUUUCUCAAUGCCUCUCAGUUUUACACGGAAGGAAUUAAAGUGAAAUGCGGAAACAAAGAAUUGAAGGCCAAACUGUACAACAACAGGGCGACAGUACAUUUCAAAUUAGGUGAGAAUUAUGAAGGCUUUAAUCUUUUUAGCGUGCUUCGUUUCUCCGCUUAACAGUUAGCCUCACUGAGUCCGUGAGGUAGUUCAUGUUCGCAGAUACAUGUCUGUGUUUAGAAUCUGUUCACGGCAUCUUUGUCUCGUAAUACUCCCAUGGAACUUGAGUCAGAUUUCGUUGUCCUCACCACCGCUGAUAUUUAUAAUCUUUUCUCUGCUUAACAUUUCUAUUAUUUUUUCGCUUUUUCUUGCUGACUCAGAUACCCAGACCGACUUCAUGAUACUCAAAGCAACAUAAUUUCCACUCGAAUAAACUGAUCAUUUGAGUUUUGGAAACGAAUUUUUGGAAGAGUAUAGCACAUGUUUGUGUGUGGACCUGAAAGGAAAGUGCGCGACCCGUGUUGCAAAAUAGUACUUUACACUGUAUUUGUUAUUUGAUAUAGUAGCACUUAUGAGCAUAAAUCAAGAGAAUAGUUGAUAUUGUCUUACCCAGAUAUAAUUCCUUCUUUGUGUGACAUAUUCUGUCAGAGUCAGCCAUUUAACACGAUUACCGACCUACGCCCUUUUUUCUUCUUUAUGUUCAGUUUUUUAUAAUUGUAGUAAAACCUGUAAUUAGCGGUCACCCACAGGGAAUAGCGGAUGAACGCUUAACACAGCCUCCAAAGAGUGGGGGGUAAUGAAAAAGCGAUAAAAAAUACCAUUUUAUGCCAUAAUCUACCAUUUAAUGUACAAAAACUCACUCAAAAAUACUACCAACAUUGAUUUCGGGAGAUAUACAGAUUGAACUUUACUUGAAAGAUUAUUCUUAGUUUUAUUUGAAUAGUUCCGCUUUAAAUGACUGCUCAAUACAGGUGGAAGACAAUAGAAACAGGCCGUUGAGACUAACUCAAAAGUGACCGUGACUGCAUAAUAAAAGUGAAAAUUACAGUGACCAAGAGCAAAAAAAUACAGGACUUUGACAACCGACCGCUAACACAGGGUGACUGCCUACGGUGCCGCUCAAUAUAGGUUCGACAGGACGUUCUGCUAUCAGAUUACACUUCUCUUAUAGGCAACUACCAGGAGUCACUGAGAGAUGCAACAGCCGCCUAUCGAUUACAACCAACAUACCUGAAGGCAAUUAUUAGAGGUAUUUUUUUUCUUUCUUUUAAGCCGAAAACUACCCCACACCCCACGGAUUGAACUGGCUUUACUGAGUGGGGUCUCUCAUGACUAGUGAAAAAGGCAUCAGGCGUUGGUUUUUGUAGUUAAUUUUCCUUAGUAGCUCGAAAUUUCGAUUUAAGGGCCAGAAAUUGAAGUGAGAAGAUUUUAAAACUAAGACUGCUAAGAUCUCAUUACCAGUCCCCUCCCCAAAGUCGAGAAUACCACGCCCAUAAGCACCCUUCUGGUAUGAUUGACAGCUCACUAAUACUUAUCUUUCGAAGUUAAGUGCAUAGGCUAAAUUUUCGUCUUUUACAGACAAUUUAGGGAAUCAUCGUAACGUUUACAUAAAUUUUUGCAAACGUCGGACAACUCUUUCCACAAUUUGAUAAGUUUCCAAAAACCAACCAAGAGAAAAAUUAUAAAAAUUUAUUUUUUAUCUUAGCAAAGGAAAAUUAUUUUCAACAAACGUCAUUCGCAUAGAUCCGAUCCAAUAAUGCUAGCUGUGUUAUUUUGAAUAGGAGCAAGCGACUGUCUUAAGCUGAAUACGCCUGAAGAAGCGCUCAGAUGGAGUGUUCAAGGAUUAGCAGUAUCCUUUUGUCAAAUCUAAAAUACAAAGAACUUGAUCUCUCUUAGUAUGCCAAUCUACUUCAAUCUAUCCAAUGUAUCGGAACAUUAAAAACAUCUCGCUUUGUCAACAAGUGUUCAAAUGAAAAAUACUUUCAAGUUUACGGAAUAAACUUUAAUUUUUUUUGGUUUUCUUUUUUAACGAUUACAUAGAAUACAAUAAAUCUGAGAGUCUUAUUUCCUGACCGGUAGGGCUUCCGUUCUUGAAAAGGACUUUCAGUAAGAAUUUGCGGAUCCCUAAUACAGUCCUAUAACAGUAUAGUUAUUUUUGUCAUUAUAUUUGCAUCUUUAACUGCGGAUGUGUGAAGAUUGAAAGAAACGAUAUUCUGCGGCAACUGAAAUUCAGGUCUCUCUACGAACGUUUAAAGUCAGGCAAUGUAAGUCUAUGGUCUAGUAAAUUUUUUCGCAUUCUCCUUCUUAGCAUCAUGUUAAAUGUAACAUCAGUGCACUCGAUGUUGGGGUAUUAGUGUUAAUGACAUUGAGGACAAUGUCAGAGAGAAGAAAUGUCUAAGAGGAAAAAAAUCAGUCGUGCAUUGCUGAUGAUUAAUAGUACUACAAUCAAACCUGUAUUAGGCGGUCACCCACGGGGAAUGGCAUGCUAAAUACAGGUUCCAAAGAAUGGGGGGUGAUCAAGAGUUCUGUUUGUCGACUUAAACCUUUACAAAACGAGAAUUUAAUUGAUACUGUUCCAUUUAAUACCAUAUUUUGAGAAAAAAAAAAGAUUUUGAGCUCAACAAUAGCAUAUUAAUAGUUAAACAUAAUAUUUACAAAUUCCGUUUUACUUGAAACAUAACUGGCAACCCCAAGUCCUUUCAGAUGACAUAAUAGGGGCCAAGAAAAGAAAAAUUAUAUCAUAGAAGAUACAUUGUAGUAGUUCACGAUUAAAAAAUGCGGGGCUUUCCACUCACAAAACAUUUCUCUAACCGCGGAUAUCGCAAAUCUUUCUCAAAGUAAAAAAAUUAUGAAGUAACAACAACAAGAAAUUUGUUCAAUUUUCGAUUAUCACGACCGAAAAAAAACAGCGUUCGCUCGGAGCAAGAAAUUAAAAGCGAAAUUUUUUUAGAAAUUUUGGACUAAAAUAUAAUUUUGAAAAAGAUUGAAAGAACUCGAUUUUCCCUGACUGUAAUGAUACGGCAUCUUAAGAAAACGUAAUUCUUUCCACUGAGAUAGCCUUUCGUCUCUUUUAGUAAGCCAAUGCAGAGAGGCACCUUUCAUUCUUGAAUUUAAAGCAGCGGUACAAGUAUUAAAAUUACGUGACAUAAAUAAACAAACAUUACGACCAAAUAAAUUACGCAAUUUUUAAUGCUUUUAUCUUUACAUUUUUUAAACCUAAGACAAAGAAAGCAAUCGAAGUUAUGAAGCAAGGCCUACACAAUGCAAAAGAACUAGGAAACAGCGAAAACGAGGGAAUUGCCUACAACGUUCUUAGCUUGGCUUAUUACGAGCUGGGUGAUUUCAAUCAAGCCAUAGAGUACCACAAACAACAUCUUAGUAUUGCUAAACAACUGGGAGACAGGGCAGGCGAGGGAAGUGCCUACAACAAUCUUGGCUCGGCUUAUGACGAGCUGGGUGAUUUCAAUCAAGCCAUAGAGUACCACAAACAACAUCUUAGUAUUGCUAAACAACUGGGAGACAGGGUAGGCGAGGGAAGUGCCUACAACAUUCUUGGCUUUGCUUCUUACAAGCUGGGUGAUUUCAAUCAAGCCAUAGAGUACAGCAAACAACAUCUUAGUAUUGCUGAACAACUAGGAGACAGGGAAGGAAUCGCCUACAACAAUCUUGGUUCGGCUUAUCACAGGCUGAGUGAUUUCAAUCAAGCCAUAGAGUACCACAAACAACAUCUUAGUAUUGCUAAACAACUGGGAGACAGGGCAGGCGAGGGAAGCGCCUACAGCAAUCUUGGCUCGGUUUAUUACAAGCUCGGUGAUUUCAAUAAAGCCAUAGAGUACCACAAACAACAUCUUAGUAUUGCUGAACAACUACGAGACAGGGAAGGCGAGGAAGUUGCCUACAACAAUCUUGGCUCGGCUUAUCACGGGCUGGGUGAUUUUAAUCAAGCCAUUAAGUACGCCAAGCAAUGUCUAAGUAUUGCUGGAAAACCGUUAAUAAGGUUGGCAGCCUCAAUUCUUCUUGGUCAUAGUUGGCUUUUAAUGGGUAAAUUGUUUCAAGCCAUGCAGUUUUUCCAGGAUUACCUUGAUAUCGCUAAACACGUAGGGAACAGGAAGAGCGAGGCUCUAGCCUAUGCCCUUAUUGGAGUUGUUAAUGCUCGACGGGAUGAUUUUAACGAGGCAACCGAGUAUCUUGAGAAAGCGCUUAGCAUGGCCAAAGAACUGAGAGACCAGAAAACCGAGGCAGUGGUCUAUACCGGUUUUGCGCAAAUUCUUGUUGAACAGGGUGACUUUGAACGAGCCAUCGAGUGCAACAAGAAAUGUCUUACCAUGGUUCAGCCAUCGGGGCAGAAAAUAAACGAGGGAACUUAUUUAGCCAAUAUGGGUCAUACUUAUGAAAGCUCUGGAGACUUGCAUCAAGCGGUUGAUUAUUAUCAACGCAGUAAUAAAAUUUUCAAUGACUUGAGAGUUCUGCAAGCUGACGACGCGUCGAAAAUAAUCUUCCGCAAUGCGCGUCAAGACAAUUCUCAGUUACUCUGCAGAACUUUGCUCAAGCUGUCAAAAUUCGACGAGGCAUUGUGUGCUGCGGACCAAGGACGAGCCGAGGCCUUGUUGGAUCUCAUCAAACGACGAUAUGGAUCCCAACUGGCAGUCUCUGGAUCAGUCGAGGGUAAAACAGGGAUCUCCGAAAUGGUCACUGAUAUCUCUGGUCCAACGCUUUUUGUUGCACUAUCAGGGAACUCAGUUAACCUGUGGGUAAUCGGGAAAGACAGAAACAUACAGUUUACACAGAAAGAAGUGAAAUAUCCCCUUGGAGAUGCGACCGACUAUUUGAAUUGCUUAAGGAAGAAGACUUACAAGGAAAUUCGAGGAAGAUUCAGGGUAAUCUGCGAAAACCGCACAUUAGACGGGUCUAGUACCGAACAAGAAUUGCCACCCGCCGAGGAAAGAGGCGAAGAAACAGGAAACCCAUUACAGUCUAACGAGAAUCCUCUGCGUCUCUUUCAUGAGUGCAUCAUAAGUCCUAUUUCAAAUUUGAUCGAAGAUGGCGAGUUGGUUGUCGUUCCUGAUGGUCCACUGUGCCUCGCCCCUUUUGCUGCAUUUUUGGAUUCCGAAUCAAAGUACCUCAGUGAGUCCAUGAGGAUACGCAUUCUUCCGUCAUUGAUGUGUAUGAAACUGAUCAACGCUUCUCCCAAAGAAUAUCACAACAAGAGUGGGGCGUUGCUCGUAGGAGAUCCAUGUCUAGAGGACUUUACCACCUUUCUCGGAGAGAAUAGAUUUUCACCCUUGCCUUUCGCCAAAAAGGAAGUGGAGAUGAUCGGAGCGAUGCUUGGUAUCCACCCACUCACAAGAAAAGAGCCAACCAAGGCUGAGGUACUAAAGAGAAUCGGUUCGGUUGCUUUGGUGCACAUUGCUGCGCACGGAAAAUUCGAGACUGGGGAAAUUGCAUUGGCUCCAAAUCCAGAACGAAAAUACAGAAGACCAGAAGAACAAGAUUUCAGGCUAACAAUUUCUGAUGUUCAAGCAGCGAAGUUGCAUGCAAAGCUUGUUGUGUUGAGUUGUUGUCACAGUGCCCAAGGCGAGGUGUCAAGUGAAGGUGUGGUCGGCAUUGCACGGGCUUUCCUCGGUGCUGGUGCUCGCUCUGUUCUGGUCACACUCCGGUCAAUUAAUGACGAGGCCACUAUGAAGUUUAUGAGAAGCUUUUACCAACAUCUGAAGGAUGGAAACAGCGCCAGCGUGUCAGUCAACCGGGCGAUGAAAUGUCUGCGAGAAUCAGAAGACUUUAAUGCCCCGCGGUUCUGGGCUCCGUUUGUACUCAUUGGUGAUGACGUCACAAUCGAUUUUAAAGAAAUCAACAAUGAAUCGUGA